AUCAGAAGAGAAACAACAGCGCUUCAUCUCUGUAAAUCAAAGCUUCUUCUUUAAAGAUCAGGCUGUAAUGGCAAAUUUCAAUCCAGCAUCACUAAAGGGUCUCUUCAUCAUCUUCCUGCUUCAUUUGUGUGUUCAACAUGCUCGGGGUGAUGUGAACCCUGCUGCCCUUGCUAAAAUGAUCCAAUAUUUUGAUGAGAAUGUCCAGCCAAAGACCAAGCCUGAUGUUCAGUACGCAAUAGCGAUUGUUGUGCCACAGGCUCUAUGCACAGAUGAACAAUCUGACAUCCAGACUGUAUUCAGCACAGAAGAAGCAGCACAUGUGAAAGACCUUCUCACUAAUGGACAGACAUGUGUUCUCUGUACAAAUUCACAAAAUGUCAUUGCUGCACGGCCUACACAAAAACCCAAAGAGCAUGCUGAGCAUAUUCUGCUCUAUCCUCUCAGUAAUUCUCCCAUGGAUAAACUUCUAGCAAAGGCAGAUCCGAAUAGCUGUGUAGUUUUCUACUCGUACAACUCACCUUGUGUGACGAAGUGCAUUCAGAGCACUGACAACAUUUUGGCUGGCCUUGCAAACUGGAAAAAUAUCCGUAAAGAUGCAAUGAAUGUGUUUGUCUUUGGAAAGAUCUGGCAGAAGGACGCAUGGAGGAAGGACAUGGCAAAAGAUCUGCUAAUGAUUUACGACCAAGUGCCUCUUUAUCGGUGUGACAGCAGUAAUGGGAUGCAAUGUAAGAACUGUGUGGAAAAAAACACAAAAAUAGUUGAUUCUUUCUGUCUGCCUAAAAGGAAAUCAAUGCGUUUGUAUUUCCAGAAAAUGCUUCUGUCAUUGCUUAAAGGCUAGCAUCUUAAUGACUGAUUCACAGCUCACAUUGUAUCUUUCACAAAACACCUUUUAUACAGCACAAUGGGCUAUGAAAUAAGAAUAUCUCACCAAACACACACUUCAUUGAAUUAUUAUUCCUGAACACCCCUUCUGUGCUUAAUAAAAUCAUUUUAUUUUAUUAAUUUGUGUUAAUUGCAAGUAUGUAUUUAUAAUGUAGACUUUGCAGACCUAUGAUAAGCGAUAAUAUCAUAUGAUUGAUAUUCUCUGUGCAUUUCCUCUUAAAGUAACACUAGAAGAUAUGAAAAAAAUGCUAAAUUAUUGAAACUCAACCAACUUUUACAAAACAGAACUUAAGGUUUUGCAACAAGUGAUGUUAGGUUAAGGGUCAUAACAAAAUGUGCAACAAAACUUCAGAUUUUACUCAGCUUUUUCCCACACUGAGUAGGAUAAAUUUCUUAAUAGGUCUGUUUUUUAAGCCAGUAAACAGGCGCCACAGCACCUACUGGCCGGCCUCCGUUACAACAGCUCGCUUUUGCUUUCUGCUAUAUUUGAGCACUUUGAUUAUAUCUGUCACGGUUGUGGAUCUAUCUGCUCUUCUAUGAUGUGUCUGCGUGGUGUGAAUUGUUUAUUUGGGUUUGCGGUGUGUGUGCGCUUGUCUCUGUGUUUGUGUGAGAGUCGCGUGGCUGUCAGUGUUGUUGUUGUGUUCAUGUCAUCAGCUGGGCGGUCACAUGAUCAUGGUCAUCGGUCGCCUAGCACCGCUCAGCUGAUUAUUGCGCUCCAGGUGUAGCGCAUUACUGUGGCUAUAAAUGUUCAGCGUUCCUGUCUCACCUUGUCAGUUCGUUAUCCUCACUUGUCUCUGUGUCUUUGUCAGGCUCUCCUCGUUGAGUUCGCUGGUUGUUCGCUGGUUGAAGUUUUCUCCGAUGAACUUUAGAUUCGCUCUGUUGACGGAGAUUGAAGUUCUCCCCGAUGAACUGUUGAUUCGCUCUGUUGACGGAGAUUGAGAUCUCCCCGAUGAACAUUGUUCGCCCUGCAGACGGAGAACUAUUUACCCCUUCAUCUUCUUCUUGUGAACACCUUACUUCCAGCCAGCCAGCUUCUCUUUGUUCUGUGUCCCACCUAGUUUAAUAAAUAUUGUCGCUUGCA